CUUUUUUAAGGAAGAAAUUUUAUUUUUCAUUUCAAAUAUUUGGCAUUGGACCCAGAGUUUCUUUCUUCCAGUAAUCUUUUUAUGAAAGUGCAAAAUUAUUCAAUGAGUAAGCAAUUUUUUUUAUUUUUCUGUUAGCUGUGUAUUAUCCUGGAUGCUAGUAAAUGUGUGUUUUAUUAUUCGGUUUAGGAGUUAUUCUCCCAUUCUAUAUCAAGUGUUAAUUAUUUACUUUUUCCUCGUGGUCUGACUUUAUUUUACGAUUUGUUGUCGUUCCAAUUUUUUCAUUAAACUAGAUAUCGAUAAGAGUUGGAUUUCAAAGUCACGGGUUGGUGCAGAAUAUAGGAACGGUUUGACCAGAUUCCUAGAUUUUGCAUUUGCCAAUGCAUCAUUUGAUGAGAUGAUACGUUAUUCAUGUCCGAAGUGUGGCUUCUGCCUCUUACAAAAUAGAGAGGAUGCGUUUGAUCACUUGGUGAUCAGUCCUUUCCCGUCUACUUACACAUUUUAGAUCCAUCACGGUGAGAGUCGCGGGGUCGAGCGCUCUUGUGACGGACAAGAAGAUCAAUCUGAACAACAUUUCAAUGCCCCCAUGCUUGAUAUGGUCCACGAUGCAUUCAACUUCUCAGGACUUCCCGAUCUCGAAGAAGACUCGGAGAAUGAACCUGACGGCGGCGCUAUUGAUGAGUUGCCUUACUUAUACAAUGAACCUAGUCGAGAGACCCGCAACUUUCAUGACCUACUUGAAGACAGGGAGCAGGAGUUAUACCCAGGAUGUUCAAAGUUCUCUAAGUUGUCUUUCUUGGUGAGGCUCUAUCACAUUAAGUCCAUGUGCGGAGUGAGCGAUAAGGCCUUCGGAAUGAUAUUGGAGUUUCUCGCAGACGCCUUUGUGCAUGCCUGGAUUCCAUCCACUGUGCACGAUGCCAAAAAAUUCAUAAGAAAACUCGGUCUCGCGUACAAGAAGAUAGAUGCAUGUCCAAAUGACUGCAUGCUAUACCAGGGCAACGACCAAGAGCUGACCAAAUGCAAGCAGUGUGGGACAUCGAGAUGGAAGCAUAAGACUAAGAAGAACUCUAGGGUGAGGAUCAAGAUGGUUGUCAAGAAGAACGGCAAACCACAAGCAGCGAAGAUUCUUCGUUACUUCUCCCUUAUUCCACGAUUGCAGAGGUUAUAUAUGUCUAGUAAGACAGCCGUUGACAUGCUGUGGCAUAAGAGAGGUCCUAACUCUGAUGGUAUGUAUAGCCAUCCAAGGGACGCCAAGGCAUGGAAGUCAUUUGACGUACGAUAUCCCGACUUCUCUCGUGAUCUGCAUAGUGUUCGCCUAGCAUUAGCUAGCGAUGGCUUUAACCCUUUUGGGAACAUGAGCUCGAAGUACUCAAUUUGGCCAGUGGUUCUUAUCCCGUAUAACAUGCCGCCCUGGAUCUGCAUGAAACCCACUUCGUUUAUCCUCUCUAUGAUUAUUGCUGGUCCUAAAAUGCCUGGAAAUGACAUAGAUGUGUACCUAGAGCCAUUGAUCAAUGAGUUGAAGCAAUUAUGGAGGGGUGUUGAAACUUAUGAUGCAGUUGAGAAAAAAACCUUCAAGAUGCAUGCUGCGUUGAUGUGGACAAUCAGUGAUUUUCUAGGCUUGGAAAACUUAUCUGGGUGGAACACGUACGGUGGGAGAGCCUGUCCUGCAUGCAAUUUGGAUGCUGAAGCUAACCGCCUUACACACAGCCAGAAAUGGUGUUUCAUGGGUCAUCGUUGCUUUCUGAAUCAUGACCACAAAUACAGAAAAGACCGGUACUCCUUUGAUGGAAAGAUAGAGGAUAGAGGUCCGCCUAUUAGAAUCUCUGGUAGAGACAUUAUCCGGCAGUUAGAGGGUGUGCAUGUCCAAUUUGGCAAGGUGCAAUCGGUUACGGGGAAAAGGACACGCGGACAGCAAACUCCCAUGCAAAACGAGACUCCUUGGAAAAAGAGGAGUAUAUUCUUUGAGCUGCCAUAUUGGGAGAACAAUGAAUUGCGUCACAACCUUGAUGUCAUGCACAUAGAGAAGAAUGUGUGCGACAACAUAGUAUUCACCAUAAUGAACGUAGUCUUUCCAGAUGGAUACGCUAGCAACAUUUUCCGCUGUGUGGAUUUACGACAGCGCAAGUUGUUGGGGCUGAAAAGCCAUGACUAUCACAUUCUAAUGGAAUAUCUACUUCCAAUCGCAUUAAGGAAUGCAUUGCCUCUCCAAGUGUCUUCUGUCCUGACGGAUUUGUCAUCCUUUUUUCGUUGAUUAUGCAGCAAAUCCAUAGACCCUCAACAACUUCCUCUCCUUCAGAAUCACGUGGUUCAUACUCUGUGUCACAUGGAGACAAUUUUCCCUCCUUCUUUCUUCACAGUGAUGGUUCACUUGACAGUGCAUCUGGUCGAGGAGGUGCGUCUCGGUGGCCCAGUGUAUUAUCGGUGGAUGUACCCAAUUGAACGGUACCUAUGCCGUCUCAAGCAGUACGUGGGUAACAGAUCACAACCAGAGGGCUCAAUUGCAGAGGGAUACUUAUCCGAGGAGAUUCUCGUAUUCUAUUCAAGGUACUUAGAUAAUAUCGAUAGUAGGAUUAAUCGAUCAUUCCGUGUUGACGAUCGACCGCGUGAAGUCAUGCCUGAUGAGAGUGCAACCAUGUUCCCAGAGGUUGGAAAGGCGAUCGGGGCUGCUUCUUUUUACACCCUCACACCAGCUGAAAAAUUACAAGCUUACCGUCACGUAUUGGUCAAUUGCCUGGCCGUGGAAAAAUAUAUUGAGUAAGUGCAUUUGAAAGUAUCUACUUCGUAUGAUUUUCUAUAGUUGGAGAACCUGACAUGACAUUUUUGUGACGUUUCUAGUGAGUUUAGGGUGAUCACAAAGAGAAAGUUACGAAGUAGGACAAGGUCACAACAAAACAUAGACAGUGUUGUGCACAGAGAAUUUUCCUAUUGGUUCAAGCGUAAGGUGAAUUGUGGUAUCAUUUAUACAUAUACAUAUUAAUAAUGGUGUCAUAUUAUUCGUAUCCCAAGAUAAUGAAUAUUCAAUUUGUUCACUGCCAGGUUACAUUGGGAAGCAGCAUGCACCCGAACUAAUUGCAGUGGCUUGCAUGUGGGCCCAAUGUUCAAGUUAGCCGAUAUACAUCUUAUAACAUAAAUGGAUUUAAGUUCAGAACCCUCUCGAGAGAGGAAGGGGUGAAAACCCAAAAUAGUGGGGUGUAUGUCACUUCUGACACUAGGAGUUACGCAAGCAAGCACGAUAGUAAUGUUGCUGUUGGUAGCGUCUCGUAUUACGGAAAACUAGUGGACAUCAUUGAGUUAAAUUACAGUGGUCAAUUCAUAGUUGUCUUGUUUAGAUGUAUCUGGGCAAACACCACAUCUGGCAGAGGUAUAAAACAAGACUCUUUGGGACACACAGUGGUUAACUUCUCUCAUCCAAUUCAUACCGGUGGUCGAGAAGAUGAUGAACCGUACAUUCUUGCAUCUGAGGCUCACCUAGUAUACUAUGUCGAGGAUGAAGCUGAUAAAGAAUGGAGUGUGGUAAUCCAUGUGAACCCAAGGGACAUGUUUGAGUUUGACAUCGAAGGUUUGUCAUUGAGACGGGACGACGAUUUGGAGGAACCAACCACUGAUGCCAUCGAUAAUUGCGACGAGGUUGCCUAUAUAUAGAUGUCUUCAGAUACUAAUUCUGGACAUUUGUGCUAUUUUUAUAGUGUAUAUCACUGUUGAGGGUUAUAAGAUUGCAUAAAUAUUAAUUAGCAACUAGCAUAUAAUAGAUUCUUAGAACUUGGAUACACCUGAUGUAUAUUCCUAUUUAUUUACAAUUAAUUUACCUGGAGAAUGUGAUUUUUUAAACAUAUGUAUUGCUCAAUUUAUUUAAUCAAGUAAGAUGUUACUAGAUUGUAAUUGACACUAUAUAUUGACUGACAUUAUCUUUUU